AUGGGGGAUCUUCCUGAUCCAUCCCAAGAUGCUAAGAAAUUAACCUAUGCAGAUCGUCUCAAAGGAAAAAACCUACCACCAAAAAUCGUUGUUGAUCUCUCUACGUUACCAAACCCUACUACUAAAGAGGGUAAGCUUGCUGUUGUUAUACCGGAAGAGCACUACUUAGAAGGAUGCGCGAUUUGGAAGUCCAGUCUUAUUGGUAGACUGUAUUUUAAAGAUCUUAUUUUUUCAGAUGUGAAGAAAAAUCUUCAACUCCAAUGGAAAUUGGGUGAUGACCGUAUUCAGUUUGUCCCUCUGAAUAGAGGUUUCUUCAUUAUCAAGUUACAUGCACAAGACGAUAAAACAAUGAUUUUAGAAGCUGAAAAAUGGAUUGUUGCUCAACAAACCCUAACUCUCAUGGAAUGGUACCCUAGUUUCGAUCCGGACAAGCAGAGAUCUUCUCGUGCUGCAUGUUGGGUUAAAUUCCCGGGUUUACCUAUGGAGUUUUGGAUUGAAAAAACUCUUCUGGAUAUGGGUAAAGCUUUGGGUAAUCCGGUAGUGGUGGAUAAACGUACGCUGGAACAUGAAUAUGGUCACUUCGCUUCGGUACUCAUUGACUUUGAUUUCGAUGAGCUAGAUACUGAUGGUAUCCAUGUCACAGUUGGAGGUAUGGAGUUCUGGCAAAAUUUUGAGAUACUUAAAAAGCCAAAGUUUUGCUCGAAAUGUGUUAUUUUAGGUCAUUCUGACUCUGAAUGUCACAAGAAGAAGAAGAAUCCUAAUAAAACCGAUAACAGCUCAACACAACUCAUUGAAGCUAGAAGAAUAAAGAAGGAAAAGAAUGCUCCUAAAAUUCCUUUUGUUCUUGAAGUGACUGUUCAAGCUGGGAUUGGUUCGUCAAUAUCCUCUGAAGUUGCUGAAGUUGUGAGCAUUAAAGACGUUGUUGAGUUGGAACAACAGUUGCAAGAUGAAUUUGCAAAAUCUGAAGCUGCAUUGCGCUUGGCUUCUGCUGAGUUUGAGAAAAAAAAGCAGGCCAUUCUGUCGCAUUCAGUUUUAGUUAGUAACGCAAGGUCGUUGAGUACUUCUGUCGUGAACACUAAGUCAGAUGGGAAUAUCGAAUUGGCUAGAACUAGAAUUCUUCAUGCUGAUAGGAAUUUAGCUACAUCUUCGUCGACACCUUUGUGUGAUGCUCUUGAAGAAAGCUCGGAAUACAUCUCUCAUAAUCGGUUUCAUUUGUUAGGUGACAGUAGUGGCAAUAAAACUAUGGUUGGUCAGGUUGAUGAGACAGCUAGACAAGCAAAACAUCGUCAGAUAUUAGCUCUACAAGCAAAACUAAAUUAUUUACAGGGUAUGGACUCUCUGACUGACAAUGAAGAGAUUUCACAGUUGGGAAUUCGUGCUCAUCGGGGUUCUUCUCCAGGCCUCAAUCCUUCCAAUAAUCAAGCUAAAACAGCUAAGCUAAAUAAAACUCAAACACCCAAAGUUUAA